AUGGAAAAUUUAGAUCUUUCAAAGCUAUAUCAAGCUAUUAAGCUGUAUCUACAGGUAGAACAGGAUCAACAGGCUUCUCAAGAAACUCUGGCUCUAUCUGCAGCAAACAACUACUUGGCCAUCAACCUGCACAGAUUGCUCGCCGAGGAAAAACAGAACGUCUUUUUUUCUCCCUUCAGUAUUUCCACUGCCUUGGCCAUGCUGUUCUGUGGUUCGAGGGCUGAGACAGCUUCUGAAUUGAAAGCUGUCCUGGGAUAUGAACAUGCGAAAAUCGAAGACGACAAGGUCGCCUCUGCUUUCGCUGACGUCGUGUCUUCCAUUGAACAAAGUCCAGAAGAUUACGUCUUGGCCAUGGCCAACUGCUUGAUGAGUCAAAAAGACUUCGAAGUCAAAGAUGAGUACAAAUCUUUGCUUAAUGAUUCAUUCAAAGCCAUGCUGCAGGAAGUCGAUUUUCGGAACGAAACAGAAGAAGCCGUAAAUCAAGUCAACGAAUGGGUGAAAGAAAAAACGCAUGACAUGAUCCCACAAUUACUUGACUCCCUUGAUGAAUCUACUGUGAUACUCUUGCUGAAUGCCGUGUACUUCAAAGGAAAAUGGCUAAACCUCUUUCAAGAAAGAGCUACUUUUCUACAAUACUUUUACAACCAAGGCAUCGAAGACAACGCCAAGCAGAUCGACAUGAUGCAUUUGAAAGAAGAAUUCCCCUACGUCGAAAAAGAAUCGUUCAAAGCUCUGCAGUUGCCAUACAAAGGAGACGAAAUUGCGAUGAUGGUGCUCUUGCCGAAUUCCAGAGAUGGCUUGGAGGAUUUAGAAUCCAAACUGACCCCAGAUUUAUUCCGAGAUUUGAAGCAACAAAUGCGUAAAGUAAAAGUUGAACUAGCUCUGCCUAAAUUCAAGCUGGAGUAUUCCAAAUCCUUGAAGGAAUGCUUUCAGAAGAUGGGGUUGAAUAAAGCAUUCCAGAGCGGAGCUGAAUUCGGUGGCAUCAGCGAUUGUGAAGAACUCGCAGUUUCUGAGAUUAUACACAAAGCUGUCCUUGAUGUAAAUGAAGAAGGCAGCAAAGCUGCGGCUGCAACUGUAGUUAGUGUAAAGCUGUGUUGUAUAACAUUCGAUCCCGAGUUCAUAGUAGACCAUCCUUUUAUAUUUACUAUCUACAAUACGAAGAGUGAUCUCAUUCUUUUUAUGGGGAGAGAUCAACAGGCUUCUCAAGAAACUCUGGCUCUAUCUGCAGCAAACAACUACUUGGCCAUCAACCUGCACAGAUUGCUCGCCGAGGAAAAGCAGAACGUCUUUUUUUCUCCCUUCAGUAUUUCCACUGCCUUGGCCAUGCUGUUCUGUGGUUCGAGGGCUGAGACAGCUUCUGAACUGAAAGCUGUCCUGGGAUAUGAACAUGCGAAAAUGGAAGACGACAAGGUCGCCUCUGCUUUUGCUGACAUCGUGUCUUCCAUUGAACAAAGCCCAGAAGAUUACGUCUUGGCCAUGGCCAACUGCUUGAUGAGUCAAAAAGACUUCGAAGUCAAAGAUGAGUACAAAUCUUUGCUUAAUGAUUCAUUCAAAGCCAUGCUGCAGGAAGUCGAUUUUCGGAACGAAACAGAAGAAGCCGUAAAUCAAGUCAACGAAUGGGUGAAAGAAAAAACGCAUGAAAUGAUCCCACAAUUACUUGACUCCCUUGAUGAAUCUACUGCGAUACUCUUGCUGAAUGCCGUGUACUUCAAAGGAAAAUGGUUAAACCUCUUUCAAGAAAGAGCUACUUUUCUACAAUACUUUUACAACCAAGGCAUCGAAGACAACGCCAAGCAGGUCGACAUGAUGCAUUUGAAAGAAGAAUUCCCCUACGUCGAAAAAGAAUCGUUCAAAGCUCUGCAGUUGCCAUACAAAGGAGACGAAAUCGCGAUGAUGGUGCUCUUGCCGAAUUCCAGAGAUGGCUUGGAGGAUUUAGAAUCCAAACUGACCCCAGACUUAUUCCGAGACUUGAAACAACAAAUGCGUAAAGUAAAAGUUGAACUAGCUCUGCCUAAAUUCAAGCUGGAGUAUUCCAAAUCCUUGAAGGAAUGCUUUCAGAAGAUGGGGUUGAAUAAAGCAUUCCAGAGGGGAGCUGAAUUCGGUGGCAUCAGCGAUUGUGAAGAACUCGCAGUUUCUGAGAUUAUACACAAAGCUGUCCUUGAUGUAAAUGAAGAAGGCAGCGAAGCUGCUGCUGCAACUGUAGUUGGUGUGAUGCUGUGUUGUUUAACAUUCGAUCCCGAGUUCAUAGUGGACCAUCCUUUUAUAUUUACUAUCUACAAUACGAAGAAUGAUAUCAUUCUUUUUAUGGGGAGAGUUGAUGAACUUUGAACUAAUCGUUGCAAAUUUAUUUGAUCGAGUACUUUAAGUUAGUUAUCCGGUAUUUGUGAUCAUGUAUUCUAUUCAGAUAACUUUGCUAAUUAAUUUAGCUGAUCAAAUAGUUAUUACAACUCGUAGUAACUGUAAAAUAUUAAUUGGAGCACAUAAUAUCAGAAGCAAAACAAAUUGAACUUGUUAAAAUUUAUGAUUAUAAGCAAUGUUUCCAAAAAAAGAAAGGAAACUUGGAAUAAAGAUGCAAGAUUAAAAAAUUUUGCUAAGUUGAUUUUCUUGUCUGUGAUAAUGAAUAAAAUCUCAUGCACAAUGCAAUAAGAAAUUGAAAAACUUGAAGAUUCAAAAUACCUAUUUUAAGAACUGUUACUAUUCAUAAUUAACAUGUUAAAAGACACUAAAUUACAAUGCUUAUAUACAGUUGCUCCCAACGAGCACACUGAAGUGUGAAGCAGAAACUAUUUUCUUCAGCGACACACCUCAUAAAAUUUUACAUAUUUUCCUUCAAAAAAAAAAAAAAAAGAAGAAGAAAAAACGGUAAAAGCAUGUUGAAUAAAUUCAUCAGGGUAAACUUUCGAAAGCAGUAAAUGAUUUCCUUGUGCCACGUAAAUGAUUGUGGACUUAUAGAAGA